AUGGAUGCCUUCCUAGCGCCGUUCAUCAAGUCUGCGAGGGACAAGAGGCCAGGGAGAAGAAUCAAAGGCCAGGCGGAGGGCGGCAGCGUGGUGGUGUCCAUCUUCGACAUCCCGGCUGGCUUGCUCGCAGGCGCCAAGCCGCAAGAUGGAGCCUUGCCGCCUUCUGUGGGUCAGGGACCGGCGGCGGCGGCAGGGUCGAGGACAGGCUCCACCGACGCCCGCAGCGAUGGCGCUGUCGCCCCUGCCGCUGCGAGGGGGCUCACCUGUAUUCGGUGCGGGCUCAAGUUUGGCGAUGACCGAGCAGCGCAGGUGCAGCAUUUCAAGUCCGCCCUGCACAUGGCCAACCUGCGCCGGCAGCUGGCCGGCAAGCCUCGCAUUUCUCAGGCGCAGCUAGACGAUGAAACGGCGGCAGCAGAAGCAGCGGCAGCAGCGGCAGGCGACGGGGACACGGGGUCGGGGGCAGCAGCUGGAGCGGAAUCGUCGUCAUCGGGCACGGACAGCGAUGAAGGACCGGGCUCAGUUGGCGCCACCGAACGGGGUCUUGACCUUGAUGGAGUGGAGGAAGAGGAGGACGCAGGCGACGGCGGGCUUCUCUCCACCGUGGGCGGAGGCGGCGGGGCCGAAAACGGCUACCCUGAGAGAGGGAGGGUGAAAGUAGACUUUUCGCUCCAGGAGGGGCCGAGGUUGACGUUCGUGCCGCGGGGCUCCGCGUGGGCCUUCUCUUUGAGCUCCGCCGCGCUGGGCAUGGAGCGUGGGGACGACCCUUGGGGGCGCCUGGAUAGCCUGGUCGGCACCGAGGGGGAGAACCGUCUUUGGGCCGUAGUGAUCCUCAGGAGCGGCAAGUUCGCUGCUGCGGUGUUCGAAGGGCAGGCUGUUGUAUGCCACAAGGUUUUCCGGAGGUACACCAUCCGAGCGAAACGAGGCGGGUCUCAGUCUUCCUACGACAGCGGUGGGAGGAAGGCGCAGUCUGCCGGGGCAGCGCUUCGGCGGUACGGGGAACAGGCGCUACGGGAGGACGCGAGGGCGCUCUUGAAGGAGUGGGAAGGUCCGCUCAAGGCCUGCCGCGUGGUCCUUACCUCCGUCCCGAAGGGAAUGCGAGCCGUCCUUUUCGACGGCAAGGAAGCCCCGUUCAACAGGAAAGACGCCCGUCUCCGCCCCGUUCCGUUCGCCGUCGGCAAGCCGGUCUUCGAGGAAGUCGUCGCCGUCCACACGCGCGUAACGUCGAUCGUGUUCUCGGAUGCCGUGGCUGUCCCCGCCGGUGACCCUGGGCCCGCGAGCAACACGGAGGGGAGCGGCAGAGAUAGCGUCAGCAGCAAGCAGGCGAAGAAGCAAGCCAAGGCGACGGCGGAUGUGGCGGGCCCGCCGGUCGCUCGAAAUUUUGACGAGGAGGCGUGUCCGCCUUCGGUGGAACUCCUAGAGGCGUGCGAGCAAGGUGACGUAGACGCGGCGGCGGCGCUCCUGGACCGCUUGGACCUGACCGCAGCGGCGGCGGUAGUGGGAGAUGCCCGCGGUGCCGGCGGCGCGGCAGCGGGAGCGGCGGCAACCGGUUGGACGGCAGGGGAGAUUCUCAACCACCCCGACGGGUUCGAGCGGCUCAUGACCCCGCUGCACGUUGCGGCGGCCGGCGGGCACGUGGCCGUCCUCGGCGUGCUACUCGAGAGAGGCGCUAGCCCCCUGGCGGAGGACGUGCGUGGGAGAGUGCCGUAUCUGCUGGCUCCGAACAAGGAUACCCGGGAUGCGUUCCGGCGGGCGCGGGCCGGGCAGCCGGAGAGAUGGGACUGGGACGCGGCCAGAGUGCCGGAGCCGUUGACAGAGGAGCUCGAGCUGCGGAAGAAGGAGAAGCUCAAGGAAAAGGAGAAGGAGAAGAAGCGGCGAGCGAAGCUGCGAAAGAAGGCCGAGAAGAGCAAGGCCGAAGAGGAAGCUCGGCAAAAGAAGGAGAAAGAGGACGCGGAAGCCGAGGACAGGCGCAAGAGGGGUCUGGCGGCCGCGGGGCACUGCGACGCGUGCGGCAAGGCGUUGGUAGCGAAGAAGGCGUUCAGCCGCUUCGAGUUCCGUUACUGCAGUACGGACUGCGCCAACCUGCACAAGCGAAAACUCGCGGCAGACGCCGCAGAGCGAAGGUUUAACGGCGGCAGCGGCGGGGUCGGGCAAAAGUGAACUAGUUUUCGACCUUUGCUUGCCACAGCAAAAACAUAGUUGUUCAAGUUCCAAGCCGCUCUCUCUUGCGUAAUGUACGCCAAGAGCUUGGCGCCCUAUCCAUAAUUGCUCUUGCUGAAGAUGCGAUACUUUUUUCGAACAUCACAAGAGAGGAGAGUUGUGGUAAAUAGUUUGGGCAGCUGAGGGUUUUCCACUCUGACCCGUGUGUUGCUUAGCGAACAUGGUGGUAAGGGCGCUCGCUUCCAUGGUUAUGGUGAUACGACGGUUUAUCCCGGGA